UGUUGAUAUCUACCUGUGGACCGCAUGGAAGAGACAGGGUCUCACUAUGUAGCCCUGGCCAGCCUGGAACUCGGUACGUAGACCAGUCUGCCUCAAACUCAUAUGUCCACUUCUAACAGCCUGGAACUCGCAAAGACUCUUGGAAUUGCAACACCCAGGAAACCUGUCUUAUCUGUCAGUGCAAGGAAAAUUAAGGACAAUGCAGCUGAUUGGCAUAACUUAAUCCUGAAGUGGGAAAGCCUCAAUGACACCGGUUUUACCACCGCGAGCAAUAUUGCCAACUUGAAAGUCAGCUUAUUGAGUAAAGAGAAGGUUGAAUUAGAGAGCAGCAACCCAGCUUCCAGUGAAAAGGGAGAGAAGGCGACUCUGGAAUAUGAUAAGGAACUUGAAGCGUUGUGUGAGGAGCUGCAGGUCACCUUGGAUGGCUUGACUAAAAUACAAACGAAAAUGGAAAAGCUGUCUUCAACCACCAAGGGAAUUUGUGAACUAGAAAAUUACCAUUACAGGGAAGAAAGUAACCGGCCCCUUCUAUUUCACACAUGGCCCACGGCCUUCUUUUAUGAGGUCUCCCACCAGCUCUCCAGUGCAUACAAGAAGGAGCUCCUCCUGAAGCACACCAUUGGUGCUGAGCUGGCCCACACUGCUGACCGCAACCUCAUCCUGACCUACCUGUCCAUGUGGCUCCACCAGCCAUACAUAGAGAGCGACAGCAAGCUGCAGCUGGAGAGCAUGCUCCUGGAAACAGGGCACCGGGCCCUGUAACUGCCAGUCAGCUUGCCUGUGACCACAGCCUCAGGGCUCAGACCACUGGCUGGACAGUCACUUGGGUGGGAACUGUUGGGCCCGAGGCAGCCACUGCACCUCUCCAGACACAGAGCACUCGUGCAGCUGUCCUCCCCUUCUACCCUGUCCCAGACUGUCAUGUGACCACCAAAGAGUAAAAUAAAUAAGAAGAGUGGCUGAGGGCCUCAUUUUGUAAA